UUGCUAUCAAUACAUUUUUCAAGAAAUGUGUUGAUAGCAUGUAUUGCGAUAUUAUUUCUUAGUUUGAUUUCCUGUCUUCUUUUCAUGCAGUUUUUACAUUUUUUGUUAUGAGCACAUACAUUAUAUUGUCUUCUAUUCAUACUGUUAUUUUUUUGCAGGCUGAAGGGUUGUCUGAAGAAUUGGUGAAAUAUACAAGAAGUGAGUCAAAUGAGACAGAAGAAGUAAAGAGAUGGUACUGGCCGCUUGUGAAGUGUGUGACUGUCAAAGUGCCAGACAAUGAUUUUCUUCAUCACGUCACACUCGUGGACCUUCCUGGAAAUGGUGACUCUAACAGAAGCAGAGAUCAAUUGUGGAAAGAGUUUGUUGCCAGUUGUUCAACUGUGUGGAUUGUGACUGAAGUGAAUCGAGCAGCUUCAGAAAAAAAAGCCUGGAAGAUCCUGGAAGGUGCCAGUAGCCUGCUGGGAAAUGGUGGCGAGUGUCAGCAAAUUCAUUUCAUCUGCACCAAGUCAGAUAAUGAAAAACCAGAUGAUAUAAACAAAGUCAAGAAUGCAGUGAUGAAGGAAUUCAAAAAGCGGAAAUUAAUUAAGGAUCACUUCAGUGAGGAUUGUUUCCAAGUCUUCACAGUGAGCUCAAAAGAGUUCCACAAAGGGGAGAAUGUAAAUCCAGAUGUCAAUGAAAUACCAAAACUUAAGGAAAUGUUGAAAAAUCUGAAUGACGCUCGUUCAGAGACAUUAAGCUAUGUGUCUGGAGCUCAUGGGAUUCUGUCUUUGAUUCAAGGAGCCAGAAGCAGAGAAGUGGUUGAACAACAAAAUGAUCUGUAUGACCUCCUUGAGGGAAAAUUAAGCAUCCAACUUAAUGAUGUUAGAAAAGCAAUUGAAAAAAUUACAAAAGCUUUUGAACAACGCCUAAGUGAGGGGGUUGAAAAAUCUCUAAAUUUAUGUGACAAAAACCUGAAGUCCUUCUUAUACCCCAGUAAAACGAGUGGCGGAGCUUUUCACAUGACACUAAAGUUUGCAGUUAGGAAUGAUGGCAUCCAGAAACCAAAAAGAGGGAAACAAAAAGACCUCAACAUGAUAUUAGCGUCUUGUUUGACUGAAAGCAUUGAUAAAGAAUUCAGAAAGACCUUCCCAAACAACCUAAAAUGUGGAAAUUUCAAUGGGGCCAUUGAUGCGUUUUCACUCAGCACUGAUUCAUUGAUUGAAAAGUACAAAAAUGUCGAACUGCAACUGACAUUUCUGAAGACAGAGGAAAAAAAAGUGAAGACAAAGCUCAACAAAACCAUCCUCACACAAAAGAAAUUCAUCUACAACAGUUUGACAGAGACAAUCAAGAAUGACAUGAAAGAAUGCUAUAAAGAAGCAGCAGCAUUUACAGGAAAAGGCACCCUGAAGAACAUGAGGGACACUAUUGAGAGACAUGUGGAGUCAAAGAAGUACAUGUUUGAAGAGACAAAAAAUGUCAUGCUGAAGCAGUUGAACGAUUUGAAGGAAACUGUCCUGAUGACACUGGAGGAAACCAUGAAGAAAUCCAUUAAACACUCACUCAAGACUGAGGCCUGCUUACUGCCAGAUGUUUCAGGACAUCUUGAGGUGGUGAAGAAACAUUAUGAUGAACUUUAUGGUGGUCAAGAUUUAAAAAAUAACCAUACUGGGUAAAUAUUGAAAUCUCACAAAUUGUUCUGAGGGCUUUGAUCAUGAACUCUUUGUGCUGUUAUGUGAAGGCUGAUGUGCAGGCAGGAAUGGUGGCAAGAAGGACCCAAUGUGCAGACACUCUGAGACAAACUUAAACUCAACUUUAUUGCUGGAUAGCAAAAAAGAACAAAAAACUAACUAAACUGGAAAACAUGACCUAAGCAUAAACAAGCAGAACACACAGCAUAGUAGAUUGCAAACAGGAAAACACAGGGCUUAAAUACACAGAGGGAGCAAUCAGGGGAUUAGAGACAGAAGGGAAACACAGCUGGGGCAAAUCAGGGCUAACGAGACAGGGGAAGCAAAACCGGAUACAUUAACCUGAGACAUGGACUUCAAAGUAAAACAGGAAUCAUAACACAGAGACGCAGACUUGACAAGGGGAUACAGCAGACAGGGGAGACAGAGCAACUAAGGAACGCAGAAAACAGAACUCUAACAAAGAAACCAAAAGACUAGGUGUAAGUAAAGUUGUAGGAAAUCAGCAGCUACUUCAGUCAUCUCCCUGCCAUUUUGCUCUUUCUGGCUUUGGAAUUAUUUGUCAAUAUAUUACAGUUUGGGGUUAGGUUCAGGGUUGUUUUAUUGUUGUUAUUUUAGGUGUUUAACAUUUUAAGCAUUUCUGUGCAUAUUGUUGAAUUCCUGUUUUGAUUUUUGUCUUGAUUAAUUAUCUCGGGUUUCCUCCCCUGAUAAUGCUUUCCUGUAUUUUCUUCCUGAAACAGUUCAUUCAUGUUUAGCAUUUACUUUCAUGUUUCCUGUAAUCUUAUUUCAGUAAUGUCGUUAUAAAAGCUGACUGAUUUUUAAAAAUGCUCAGGAAAGGUACUUCAGUGCUUCCUUUUUUUUACCUCCUUCAGUAUACAGGAUUAGGAUAACUGAACUCUCCUUUGUGAAAUAAAGAUAUUUACAUCUCAUAAUUUAUAGUGACAGACAGUUGUUGAAGAACUAGGUUAUAAAAACUAGGCUUGUGGCAUAGAGCAUUUAAAUGUUAAUUAUAAGUGUUCUUUUCAUUUUUAUAUUUUUUUAUUUUGGCAUAACAAACUGUUAGAGCCACACAUAUGUUUUGAUUAUUAUACUGCUAUAAUAAUAUCUCCUCCUCGACAAGGAUUUAUAGAAGCUCUCUUGACAAUUUAUCAAUUAAUAAAGCUCACUAGUGGUCAGAUUGUUUAUUUUGCUUCCUGUUGGAGUCACACAUCUGGAUUUUUACUCCUCCACAUUGUGAUGCAGCUUUUAUAAUAUUUAGUUUUCUUGCUUCCUUAUCUGUACUGAUUCUAAAAGAAUGCAUGUAUUUGAUAUUGUAUACUGUUCAAUAAAUCCAAAGUGCAAGCAAAUUUUUUAUUUUUUACAUAA